GAGUUCUCAUACAUAUUAAUAGAUGAUCGCAAUUGGUUCAAUAAUUCAAUCAGAUAAUUUUUUCUUUCCGUUAUCAAUUUAGAUUUGUUCAUCAUGCAAAACACAGGUUAUGGAGGUUAUCCUGCAACCGCUGGAUAUUACUCGAAUCCAGCCGGUCAACCACCGCCACCCCCACAAGGUACGGCAGCUAAUGUAGUUCCUGCAUAUGGAACAGGUGCCAACAAUCCAUACGGCAGUUCAUAUCCACAACAUGCACCCACUUCGGAUCAAUAUUCUUCGUAUACAACAACUCAGCCAACUUACGAUACGAAAAACCAACAACAGGCAUAUAUGGGGUAUGCACAAGCUGCAAAUGCUAAUGUUGCACCACCCAAUGCAGCAUCGAAUGCUGUUCCACAACCACCACCACCUGCAUCUACUGGAUAUGGAGCCGCUACUGGAUCGGAAGCUUAUGGCGCCAACACUUAUUACCAAAGUCAACCUGGUUCGAAUCCAAAUCCAGCACAACCACCAGCACCAUAUCAGGCUCAAUAUGGAAAUGCACCACAACAAGGUCCGAACGCACCAAAUGCACAAGCAGUAGGAUGGCAACCAAGUGGCGGUCCCCCUCCUCCUCCUGGACCUCAAUCCAAUUAUGGAUCAGGACCAAAUGGCUAUAGUGGUGGAUACGCUGGCAAUGGCAUGAAUCGAGGAAUUCCCCCUAGCGGACCAAAUGGACCACCACCGCCUGGUCCAGGAAAUUUCAGAGGUGGACCAAUGGGUGGUGGCCGUAAUUCAGGCCCAGGUGGUUUCAAAGCUGGACCUCCACCCCCUGGUCGAAAUGGAGGACCACCGCCGCCGCCGCCAUCGGCUGUCGGUAGUGGUGGUGGUGGUGGUGGUGGUUAUAUGGCCCAACCGACCGAUGUCGAGAAUGAUACAAUUUUCAUUUCGGGAAUGCCACUCGACGUGACCGAAGAUCAAUUGUCAAGUCAUUUUGGGUCUAUCGGUAUCAUCAAGACAGAUAGAUCGCAGAAACACAAGAUUUGGAUUUAUCGCGACAAAGUAACUGGAGAAGGAAAAGGCGAAGCUACCUUAACCUAUGAAGAUCCACAUACAGCCAAAUCGGCCAUUCAAUGGUUUCAUGGCAAAGAAUUGCCUGGAACCGGGAAAAUAUUGAACGUGGAAUUUGCCCAGCGUAAAUUGCCUGCAGGUGGUGAUUACAAAGGUGGACGCGGCGGAAGAGGAGGUCCACCACGUGGUGGCGGCGGCGGUGGUGGUGGUGAUAGAGGUGGUGGUCGUAAUCGAGAUAACGGUUUCGUUCGACAAGGCGAUUGGCGCUGUCCUGGCUGUAACAACAACAACUUUUCAUGGCGGGAUCAAUGUAAUCGAUGCAAAGCUCCAAGACCGGGCGAUGUUCCUGUUCCACCGAUGGAUCGACGUGGUGGUGGUGGUGGUCCUCCAAUGAUGGGCGGCGGACCUGGUCGACGAGAUGGACCGCCAAUGGGUCCGCAUGGAAUGCGUGGUCCUCCCGGUGAUCGUCCACCGAUGCGUGGCGGAAAUCGGCCGCCAAUGAGAGGGCGUGGUGGUGGUGGUCCACCACGUGGUGGCCGUGGCGAUUUUGGACCUAUGCGUGGUCCACCGAUGAGCGACCGACGACCAAAGCCAUACUGAAUUAAUUAGCCCUUUCCCAUUACUAAUUGACAGCAUGAUGUUAUUGAUCAUUUUUUAGCGCAUUGUCUCAUCAUUGUAAUCACAACCACACACAUAGCGCGUAUUUCGUUUGUCUAAUGUUUAAUCAUCAUCAUCAUAAUCUACUUGAAUAAAGAAAUGUUUCUUUUUUCUCAUCAUGA